AUGUCUCUCCAGGUCCUCCGCCGUCGCAGCCCUCUCGGCACCGGUCUGGAAGCUGAGCUGGCCGUCAUUCGCAAUCCGAAUCCCACUCCUGCCAAGAUUAAUUCCCCUCCAGAGGAUAUCGACAGCCUCAACGCCCAAGGCGACUCCUUCACAUUCGACGCCUUCUCCAUAUCCGACGCCCACGAGCUAGGUCACCUUCUGAGCGCCCGUCUGCGCAGCCUGCCGGGCUCGUCGCCACCGGUCCUCAUCUCCAUCAGCCUCGCGUCCGGCCUGGUGGUGUACCAGUCGACGACGGGGCCGGGCGUCAAGCCGGACAACGAGCUCUGGGUGCAGCGCAAGAGGCGCAGCGCCAUGCGCUGGGGCUCGAGCACCUGGCUCCUCCACUGCAAGUACGGCGGGGACGAGGAGGCCUUCGCGGCCAAGUUCGGCAUGGGCCGCGACCAGGCCGCGCAGUACGCCAUACACGGGGGCGCCGUGCCCAUCUACGUGCGCGGCGUGGAGGGCGUCGUCGCCGUCGUCGUCCCGAUCUGCCGCACCCCGGAGGGCGUACCGCUCGGCCCCAUCGGUGAAUACGUCGUAGUACAUCAUCGCCAUGACGGACGCGUGGAAGGUGCCGUGUUCCGACUCUGUGCGGUCUGCGGCGAUGCCGUGGAGCUCCAUGAUGAGAUCCUUCGUCUGCUGCUGAGCGGCAGCCGAAUCCGGUCUGUCGAUGUCGCCCGGGCCAUCUUGGCCAGCUGGAUGCAGUACAUCUCCGUCCUCGAGUUGAACCAGAGCAGCGGCAGAAGCUCUCCGUUGGAGCGGUCCGGCUCCCUGUGGAAUAUAGGCUGGAUUCCCAUGAGCCUGCAGGACCUCAAUCAUGUGUAUCGUCGUCUCAUGUAUGAACGAGAUGUCGGGCGAGCACCUGGCACUGGUGACGGCGGGGCACUUCCCCGACGAGAGGGCGUAGUAGACUUCCUGCCGCAGCACCAUCAGGUAUGCCGCCUGUACCAGGCCGCUAUGGGGGAAGCGGGCCUUGAAGCUCGCGCUGUGCAGGAUAUCGUUGAUCGUGGGGAGCAACGUCUGCGGCGCCGGCGGCGUGCCGUCCCCUUCGGGCCGAGGGCCAGGGUGGUAGUCCUCCCCGAGCAGCUCGACCUGCCUCAGCAGGACGGCGACGACGACGAUGCCCUCCAGCUCGUCGCCGUCAAAGACCUGGUCGAACAGGCCGAGGGCGGGGAUGCACUGCUGGACGUACUCCGUGACCGAGCUGGGCGUCACAUGCUGCGACAGCUGGUCUAG